AUGGAAGUUGAUUUCACAGCAGCAAUUUUUGCCUAUGUAGUAAUGGCUAUUGGUUGGUAUUUCAUUGCAGUUCAUCUCGAUAGUAUGUGUUCUCAACGAUCUGUAGCUGAUGUAUGUGAAACUGGUGGUUUAACAGAUCAGGCUGUUUUAAGUGGUGCUCCUUCAUCAGGCGUUUUACCUGCAAUGAUGGAAACAAACGAUGAUGUCAAUGGAACUGGACCAGCAAACACGACUGCGGAGAAAGCAAUAGAUGAUUCGACGUCAACAGCAGCCACAGAUCAAACGUCAUCUCAUUCCCUUGGUUUACCAAAACCAAUACCAACAAAUGAAGCUGAUUUUUUAUGUACAACAAUUGAAGAUGUUUCUCAUGUUCGCUUUGAAUGGACGGUCGAAGAUUUUUAUCCACAAAUGUAUGAAUGUGGUGACAUGAUUCAAAGCGAAGAAUUUCCACCAUAUGAUUUACAAAAAGAAUAUUGGACACUUCGUAUAUAUCCAAAAGGUCAUCAACGUUUUCAAGCACUGUCUAAAGAUCAAUCGGCACAAGAUGAAGCAUUGUUAUAUUUAACAUUGUGUCCAUCCCAUUGUGCCUCACAAACACAACAAACCCCAUCAUCAACAACCGGUGGUUCGAAUGUUGGUCCACAAAAUGGUCCCGCUUCAUCAACAUUAAAUAAUGCAAAUCAUAUUGCAUCAUCAUUAAUGAAUAAUUCAAGACAAUUACAAAUUUAUUUUCGUGCAUUAAUCAAUUUUUCUAAUCCACAAGGAAAAAUUUUUCAUCAAGAGAUAAAUCAUGAAUGUGGUGGAAAUAUUGUUGAUGAAUUAAUAAUAAUGAAAAUGUCAAAACAAUUAUGUGAACAAUUAUUCAAAGAUUUAAAAGAUCAUCUAAUUAUAUCAUUAGAAUUGAUGUCGAUCGACGAUUUGUAUAAACGUAGUAUGAAAAGUACAUCAAAAAUCUAUUCGGAUACGUCAAGAGUUGUGUCAAAAGUGAUGAAAAUGAAAUUACGUUGGAAAAUCGAAAAGUUUGCAACAUUAGUCACAGAAUCACCAUCACAUGGUUUUAUUGAAUCAUCGGAAUUUAAUUUUAAUAAACAUCGCGCUACUGGUACAGCAACGGUUGAAAAAGAAAAGGAUAGUUCAACAGAACAACAACAAGGUGAUGCAACCGAUGAUCAACAGUUAACAAAUGGAAAUAAAAAAGAGGAUCAACAACCGUCAUCAACAUCGGAUAUUCCACCUCAUCAAUGGUCAUUAAUAUUGUAUCCAUCCGGUAAAACAGAACGAUUUAAAGAAUCAUUAUCUGUAUUUCUUGAACAUACAUUUGGUCCAAGUGUACGUGUUGUUAUACGAUUUUCUUUGAUUGAUGCUCGUGGUCGACGUGUUAACACUAAACAACUACCAUCACAUGUUUUGGCUCCUGGUGAGAGAUGGGGUGUCGGUGAUUUUAUUAAACAUUCAACAUUAUUACAAGCACAACAACAAUUAUUUCCCGGUAAUGAAUUGAGAUUAUAUUGUCAGAUUAAAAUAUUAGAAAGACAAUCAAUUGAUGAACGAAAAUAUUUGAUUCAUCCAGCAAUGAAAACUUUAUUACCAAAUGUUAAAUCAAUUCAAAGUGGUUCAAAUUCAUGCACAAUCAUUGAUGAUCCAGCAACCUAUUGGUCAAGCCUAUUUUAUACGGCUUAUUUGGAAAAAAAGUUAUGUGACAUGUUUAUA